AUGCUUAUAGCAUGCUCAUGCAACGUAAAUGCGGUGGGUGGCGUUCUCUCCUCCACGCCUCUGCACUGGGCUGCACGUCAUGGCCAUACACAUAUGGUCGCUCUGCUGGUCACCCAUGGCGCCGACUUACAUCUCCGCGAUGUCGAAGGAUUCACUCCCUUGCAUGUGGCGGUGCAGUUUGGAAGAACCGCAACUGCUGCAUAUCUGAUUGCUGCUGGACAGUCUGCAGACGAACGGGAUGAAACAAUGAUGACGCCUGCGAUGUGGGCCGCCUACAAGGUACCCUCGUUUCGGAAUUCAACGAGAAUUCGAGUUAUUAUUAGAGCUCGAAUUGAU